CCGAGUUAACAAGCCCUGUAGACUUUUUAACAGACGUCGGUUGGGGAGGGAUUAAAUAUUUGAGCCAAAUGGAGGAUUUUCAAAAUUUAGAAAAAGACAUAGAAGGUGCUGCAAAACGAUGGAAGAAGUUUGUAGAAUCAGAUACGCCGGAACGAGAAAGUUUCCCACAAGAUUGGAAAAAUAAAACUGCUCUGCAAAGAUUAUGCAUUAUGAGGUGUCUUAGACUGGAUCGUAUGACUUACGCGAUUAGAAUUUCUGCGACGUCGUUUUUUAUUCUAAUGUCCUUUUUAUUGAGCCAUUACGAGCUAUCAUUAUCAAACAUAUUCCUUAAACCCAGGUUAAUGAGUGCAUCAUCUGCUAUCUAUGUACAGCAUACAAUCAUCAUAACCUGUUUCGGCCGUAAUGACAGUUUCAGCAUUUGUUUAAGAGUCUCAUUAGUAUCCAACCAUUGUCCAGAUUGUGUACGAUUACCGUCUACUAAAAUAGCCUCUUGACUGCGAAAGUGAGUGUCGCAGAUUACCAAUCAACCGUACUUCCCUAGAAAAUGAGAAAAGCUAAAUUAACAGCCAUCACAAAAAAAUAAAUAAAAACCACUUCUCGUCCUCAAACCUGCGACCUCUAAGUAUCCUACACAACAUAAGUAUUCGAAAUAGUCAUGAAUAACCCCCUAUAGUCUCCUUUCGCAUAAAAAAUAACGUAAUCCUAAACAAUCAAUUGGGCUUCUAAAAAAGAAAAUCUUCGGCUUCUAAAAACGAAAAGCUUCGGCUUCCUUAAGAAUCGAUUAUUAAUAAUUUAUAAUCUAACCAUCCAGAAAAAAGAAUGUUUUGGUAUUACACGACUAUUACCUCACAUUAUAUCGUUCUCAUUUUGGC